AUGUCCGAUCCACCGAAGCGCAUCGUCCUCGAAAAAUCCCGAACUGUUCGCAGGCGAUAUCAGCGCAGCAAUAAACGGCUCCAGUUCACAGCUUCCCAAAUAGCACGCAUUGAGAGAGAAGAAGAACGGGAACGGCGCGCCGAGAAACUCAGGGAGAGAGAGAAGAAACGCAUCGCAAACAAGAAAAAGAAGGCUGAGAAAGAGGCAACAGCUCGCGAAGAACGUCGACGUUUAGGCCUCCCCGAACAAGAUGCCCCUCCUGUCCCAGCUAGCCAGCCAUUGCUGUCACGAUUUCUCAAGAAGACCACGGACUCUGCACCUGCGAAUCAGGAAUCGUCGUGCGAAUAUACGGAACUAGACAGCCCAGGUGCUUCAGCUACGGAAGAAGAUAAGGACAGGAUAUCAGACCUAGACAAUGAUGCAUCUGAUGGCACAAUUGUUCCAGAUCUUGAGAAUAUUCUUGUGGAAGGAAAGGGAUUUAUCGAGUAUGCCAGUGUCGGCAAUGACCAAGGAAGGGUGAAAGACGAUGAUGAAUUCUCUGACUGUUCAAUAUUCUACGACGAAGACGUCAUUAAGGAAGCUGAAACUAUCGUAACUGCACUGGAUGCCAAGGUACAACCGGAAGCAGAGAAGCAAUUGGACAGAACUACUAUGAUUGGGCUGUCAAGGGGAGAUUCUUUCCGGGAUGACACGGCUGACUUGCUGGAGCAAUUUGCCCAUGAGUUCGAUAUGGAUGAAGAAUUCGAGCGGAAUUAG